GCAGGGCAGCAGGCAGGCCCGGCCCAGAUAACGCGGAGACGCGGGCCGCCACCAUGCCUGACUCGCCGGCUGACGUGAAGACGCAGCCCAGGUCCACGCCACCCAGCAUGCCGCCACCGCCGCCGGCCGUCACCCAGGGAGCCACGCGCCACCCCUCCUUCACGCCAAACACCAUGAUGAACGGGAGCAGCCACUCGCCGACGGCCAUCAAUGGGGCCCCGUCCACCCCCAAUGGGUUCAGCAACGGACCGGCCACCUCCUCCACCGCCUCCCUCUCCACCCACCAGCUCCCGCCAGCCUGCGGCGCCCGCCAGCUCUCCAAACUCAAGCGCUUCCUCACCACGCUGCAGCAGUUCGGCAACGACAUCUCCCCCGAGAUCGGGGAGCGGGUGCGCACCCUCGUCCUGGGGCUCGUGAACUCCACGCUCACCAUCGAGGAGUUUCACGCCAAGCUCCAGGAGGCCACCAACUUCCCGCUGCGACCCUUCGUCAUCCCCUUCCUCAAGGUGGGUGCCCCAGCCCAGGCGCCGCGGGGACGCUGGGCCCUGGCCGAGGCCAAGCGCCAGGCUUCGGAGGACGCCCUGACCGUCAUCAAUCAGCAGGAGGACUCGAGCGAGAGCUGCUGGAACUGCGGGCGCAAAGCAAGCGAGACCUGCAGCGGCUGCAACAUCGCCCGGUACUGCGGCUCCUUCUGCCAGCACAAGGACUGGGAGAGGCACCACCGAAUCUGCGGCCAAGGCCUGCACGGCCAGAGCAAGCCGCUGGCUCUGCCCACGGGCCGAUCGCCGCCCUCGGACUGA